AUGGCAGAAACAGUUCUCUCUUUUGUUCUGCGUCAACUCUCAACUUUUCUGCACGAGGAGGGACGACUGUUGGGAGGGCUUCGACAAGAGGUCCAAUUCAUCAAGGAUGAGUUGGGGCACAUGAGAGCUUUCCUGAGAGAGGCAGAAGCAAAAGAAGAAGAUGCUCAACCCAGGCUCCAAGAAUGGAUCAAGCAAGUGCGAGAAGCUGCAUAUGACACUGAAGACAUUCUUGAUGAAUUUGUAGCUCGCUUUGCUCGGCAUCCCACAACAGGAUUCUACAGCUCUGUUCGGAGAAUUUUCAGCUCCAUCAAGAAUUUGAGAGCUCGUCAUCGAGUUGCUAGCGAAAUACAAGGCAUCAAGUCCAGAAUAAAAAGUAUUUCCGAAGCUCAUCAAAGAUACCAAUCUGAAUAUGGUAUCUCUGCCCAAGCGUCCAACUCACUUUCUGCUGUGAACAACACAACAUGGCGCUAUAGCAGAGAUGAUGCGCUGCUUGUGGAAGAAGCUAAAUUAGUUGGCAUUGACCAGCGCAAGAACCAUCUAAUUUCUGAGCUCCUCGAAGGGGAUGAUCACCAACUGAAAGUUGUUUCAGUGGUCGGUAUGGGAGGACUUGGCAAAACUACCCUUGUGAAAAAAGUCCAUGAGGAUCCUGAAGUCAGAAGGCAUUUCCCAGUCCGUGCUUGGGUAACUGUCUCUGAAACAUGUGACUUUCAGUUCCUCCUGAAAGACUUGAUUCGGCAGUUACACGAGGAAGGGAAGAAACCAGUCCCACAAUCGAUCGAGUCCAUGACUACUAGGCCUGUCAACGGGUCGGGUUUCAUUGCGAAUCUCCUCCAACUCCUGUAA